CCACAAACAUAGAUCCUGCCAUCUUAUUGUGCAUCUAUGAGUCUCUCGACAUUUCAAACGUAAUUCAUCGUGCAGUGGCUCGGCUACUGGAGGGAAUGUACUUGCUGUUCACCCGUUUCGGCCAUGCGGCCAGACCGGAUGCGGGGAAAAGAGCUUUUCCGGUGGCCAGCACUCUUCCGACGCACUUUGAUCGAGUUCCGAUCGCAGAGCCUACUUGUUCGCCCAGUGGUCUGAACGCCUAAUUUAUAGACAUCAGCAGUACGCAACACAUCUGAUUUGACAUUACGAUCAACGCCUUCAUAAAACCAUGGCCAAGUCUAUCCUACUCAUCAACGGACCCAACCUAAAUCUUCUUGGUACACGCGAACCUGCUACGUACGGCUCUACCACAUUACCUCAAGUUGUCGAGGCAGCCGAGAAGCAAUGCAAGGACAAGUCAAUGUCCUUUGCACACCUACAGUCCAACCACGAGGGUGUGAUACUGGAUCGCAUUCAUGAAGCACGUGGAAACGUUGAUGCCAUCAUCAUCAAUCCUGGAGCAUUCACACACACGAGCGUCGCGAUCAGAGAUGCUUUGUUAGGUGUCGAUAUUCCUUUCAUCGAGGUUCACAUUAGCAAUGUCCACGCACGAGAGGCAUUCCGGCAUCACAGCUAUCUGAGCGACAAGGCAGUCGCUGUGAUCUGUGGGUUAGGAGCGUACGGCUACGAGGCCGCAAUUGAGUACGCAUCGAGGCAUAUCAAGUCAAAGGAGAAGGCAUAGAUUAUUCAAUUAGAUCUAACAAAAGCCAAUCGUUUCAAUGCGUCCCAGAUCAUCGUAUAGAUGAACUUUUCGUCGUGUUGCUUCCAAUCUAGCUUUAUGAUCGCCUACAAAGUACUGCGGAUGUACUCAGGAAGAUUACACGUCAUCACUUGAAG